UCUCCAAGGUGGUGAAAGCCUGAGACCAGGCAGGCUCUGUUAUUGCUCAUGCACUACACCUGGCUCCCUCAGGACACCGGGGGUUCCAGAUGCUUAAUCAUGUUCUGUCUGCCUCCACAGGUGCCCAGAGAGUGAGCAGGCAGCAGGUGUGGCUGCCCAGCACCUGCCCAGACAUCGGAGACCCUGUCUGCCCUUCUGGUUUUCUGAGACUAACAGGCUCCCGGGACUAGUUUCCCUGCUUUACAAAUGCCUGGCUCACUUCCAAGAGGAUCACCUUUCUUUGUGAAGAUGGAGCUGUCACUUAAAACAGACUUCUGUGACCCUUUCAGCAAGUCCUGAAAGCUACCGAGGGAAGCCAUGGAUGUGACUACUCCAGCCCACACUGUCGGCGCGGAGAUCUACCUAGGUCCCACGUGGCCAGCCCCUGCCAACAGCACCUCACUGACCCUCCGGCUGCAGGAAGGCACCCCGGGGAACCUCACGGGGCACCUCUCUGAGCAGCAGCAGUAUGCGAUCGCCCUCUUCCUCUCCUGCCUCUACACCAUCUUCCUCUUCCCCAUCGGCUUUGUGGGCAACAUCCUCAUCCUGGUGGUGAACAUCAGCUUCCGGGAGAAGAUGACCAUCCCGGACCUGUACUUCAUCAACCUGGCGGCUGCUGACCUCAUCCUGGUGGCUGAUUCACUGAUCGAGGUGUUCAACCUGGAUGAGCAGUACUACGACAUCGCCGUACUCUGCACCUUCAUGUCCCUCUUCCUGCAGAUCAACAUGUACAGCAGUGUCUUCUUCCUCACCUGGAUGAGCUUCGACAGGUACCUGGCACUGGCUAAGGCCAUGCGCUGCAGCCUCUUCCGCACCAAGCACCACGCACGGCUUAGCUGUGGCCUCAUCUGGAUGGCCUCGGUGUCCGCCACACUGGUACCCUUCACGGCCGUGCACCUGCGGCACACUGAAGAGGCCUGCUUUUGCUUUGCUGAUGUCAGAGAGGUGCAGUGGCUGGAGGUCACACUGGGCUUCAUUGUGCCCUUUGCCAUCAUUGGCCUCUGCUACUCCCUCAUCGUGCGGGCCCUCAUCCGGGCCCACAGGCACCGUGGCCUGCGCCCACGCAGGCAGAAAGCCCUGAGGAUGAUUUUUGCUGUGGUCCUUGUCUUCUUCAUAUGCUGGCUGCCGGAGAAUGUGUUUAUCAGUGUCCAUCUCCUGCAAUGGACGCAAUCAGGGGACACUCCCUGCAAGCAGUCUUUCCGUCAUGCUUACCCCUUGACAGGCCACAUCGUCAACCUUGCAGCCUUCUCCAACAGCUGCCUGAACCCCCUCAUCUACAGCUUCCUUGGAGAGACCUUCAGGGACAAGCUCAGGCUGUAUGUGGAGCAGAAGACGAGCCUGCCAGCUCUGAACCGCUUCUGCCAUGCCACACUCAAGGCGGUCAUUCCCGACAGCACAGAGCCUUCAGAUGUCAAGUUCAGCAGUGCUGUGUGAGAGGGACCUCCCUGAGGGAGGAGGAUGGGAGUAGAGGGCAGACUGGUGUUCAGGGGCAACACAUACCCAGCACAGGUGGUGGGUGAACUGAGCCAUGUCAUAAUCUCAAACCCCAAUGGCUUGGGGAAUGUCACACUGCUGGGUCAUCUCUAGGGCUGCUGGGAUCCUCCCUGACUAUCCAGCUCAUGGAUGUGGCAACCCAGAUUCAAGGGCCCAGGGCAGCAGGUCUCGUGACAUUGACCGCUGAACAGCUUGGUUUUCUCUCCAUACCCUAUGUCCCCAGAAGAUGAUUCUGCUAUUGACAAGUGACAGUCAAAAGGAUAGGCCAUCUUAUGGGAGCAUCAUAGUCAACAUUUCCGCUACCUGGGUAGAGGAGUCUAGAGACGGAAUACAUGUACCAGACCCAAACCGGCUACAUUUCCUUUGCCUGUGAUGUCUAACUGACCAUGCACACAGUGCAUGCAAAAGCUAAGGACACGAGAGCCCCCUUCCUGCCUUCCAGAAGAAGGCUGCAGGGUCACCCCAGCUACCACUCAUAACUCCUGAGUGACCUGAGCUGGGAAAGGCCCUUUAGCAAAAGUCCUGCCUGCUCUGGGACGCUUGUUUACUGGAGGCUGUGAGUGCUGCUGUGCGGGUCAGUGGGACGCCACCAGGAGAGGUAUGGCUCAAGGACUUGCUUCUGAGAAAUAAUACUGGGAACAGUGAGGUGUAAAUGGCUCUCAUUCAAAUGUAAAAGGUAAGAAAGAGAACUAAGGAUUGGUGUAUUCAUUCAGUGUCUGAAUAAAAUGUGGU